AUGGAGGCUCUUGACAUAUUGGAAGUACCAGGAUACCUGCAGAGAAUGGUCAACAGCUAUUUCAGCGGAAGGGUCCUUAAGUACGACACAAAGUCUGGCCCCAGGAAGUCCAAGGUGACAGGAGGAGUACCCCAAGGGUCAGUACUGGGUCCUCUCUUGUGGAACAUCAUGUACGAUGGGCUGCUAAAGUUGAACAUGCCCUGGCGGACCAAGUUGGUGGCAUUUGCGGAUGACGUGGCGGUGGUCAUUGUUAGGAAGCACCUGGAAGACAUAGAGCGUGUUUUCAGCACAACGUUCGAGACGAUCCGCUGCUGGAUGGAUUCUGUUGGACUGAACUUAGCGGAACAGAAGACAGAAGCCGUAUUGAUCACCAGCAGGAAGAAGAUCGAGACGAUCACGCUGCGAGUCGGGUCUUUUCGGGCAGUUUCUGAAGACGCGGUGUGUGUCAUCGCAGGAUUGUUAUCCAUUCAGGUUUUGGCUGAUGAGCGAGAAUCGCUGUGUAAGCGGAAACGAGCGCUCGCAUCGAAAAUGAUAACCACCGAAGAACUGGCGUCUGAGGAGAGGCGAAACAGCUUGAACCGAUGGCAGGAGAAGUGGACGAAUUCGACCAAGGGAAGAUGGACCUAUCGUCUAAUUCCACAUGUAGCCGCGUGGGUAAGUCGAACUCAUGGCGAAGUCAACUACUAUCUGUGUCAAAUGCUUUCAAGGCACGGGUGCUUCAGAGAGUAUCUUCAUAAAUUCAAACAUGAAGAUUCUUCGGAGUGUCCCACCUGCACAGGAGUGAACGAGAACGCGGAGCAUGUAUUUUUUAACUGCCCCGAAUUCAGUGACAUGCGAAAUACUUGGGAGUCGGAGCUCGGAAGGAGAGUUUCACCCGAGGAUCUAGUGGAAGCAAUGCUGUCAUCACAGGCAGCCUAG